AUGCGCAUACACCUUGAUCAUUCACGUGUUGCGUCCCACCUCGUGGUGAUUGGCUUCCAAGGCCGCGACUGUCCAACCAGAACUGGCCCCGCAUACCUCGCGAUUGUUUCUACUUUACUCAGCCAACCACCACCACUCACCGCUCACCACUCCACACUUUUCAUAUCGCUUUCCGUAUACAAUAUGGGUGUUGAAGUUCCAAGUGAUCCCGCUCCAAAUGGGUACGUCUCCAACCCGCACCAAGAGAAAAUCGACGAGGCGCUCCGGUACCUUCGCUCCGAAAAGCAAGGAGGCGAGGGAUGGGAGAACAUUGACACCAAGGAUGGCAUCAUCCUCGAAAAGAAAUACGUGCAAGGGGACAGUUCAGCCAUCCCUAUCGUCAGGGGACACGGCCUCGUCAAGGACCUGUCGGCGCAGGCGCUGCUAUCUACCAUCCUCCAGCCGUCGGCCCGGCACCUCUGGGACGAGCGCUUCGCUUCCGGUGCACUCCUCGAGCGAUACGGACGUAGGACGUACAAGUUCUACAGCGUUCAAAAGGGCGUGGGCUGGCUAGUUAGCGAGCGUGAUAUUGUAGGCGUGCAGCAUGUACAAGACGGGGAGAACGGCGCGUUCGAGGUUGUCCAGACGAGCGUGGAAGGAGAUCCGGAUAAUAGCGGACGGGUGAGGGCUACAUUGACCUGUGCUGGGUGGUCGGUUGUUCCGAGGGGGAAUGAUCUCGAGGUUGCGUAUGUCGUCAAGAUCAAUCCCAAUGGCUCGAUUCCAAGCGCUGUGGUGGGCAAGAUUGUUCAAGACAUCCCGCUCGCAGUGGUAAAUAUUACGAAUUUUAUUCGCAACAAGGUGGUUGAUGUCGAGAAGAGGCACCACGAGAUUAGACUUAUUGCGGGGGACACGGAUGAAGAACUGAAAAUCGCAGUCGAUCCCAAGUUGUUUGGCGGUAACUGGAGUGUGGGGGUGACUGGAGAUGGAGUGGCGGCGGAGAAGGAUGGGGAUAACGCGGUGGUCAAGGUUCCCGCCGGUACCGGACGAUACGAAGUCAAGAUUGAUGCAGCUUGA